AGUCGUGGAGGCGUGCCUCUGAUGAAAUCAGCUGGGGAAACAACAACAGAGAAGGGGGUGGCUCAGACUAGCAAAAUCUUUCGGCCAGUUAUGUUUAGAUUUCAUUGCAAAAAGUGUCCGUUCAAGAACAAAAGCGCGUCACAUCGAGUCUGCAGCGGCGAGUCGAGACUUGCUGAGUUGUGUGAGACGCUGGGUUAAGGAGGCGGCGAGGGGAAGUCAGAGGAGGAUGUGACAGGGCAGAGGUCCUGUCCGCAGUUAGACUUGCUCUUUGUCAAACAACGGGAACACCGCGACCACCUCUCCGUUGUCUGUGCGUCUUUGUCCGGUUUGAGUGACCGGCUGAACCACCAGCUAAGUGGCAUGUGGGUCAAUUCCGGAACCGUCGGAAGGGCCCUCUCCAUGGAUAUAGACACAGACUAUGAGCGGCCCAAUGUGGAAACCAUUAAAUGUGUGGUGGUAGGGGAUAAUGCAGUAGGCAAGACCAGGCUAAUCUGUGCCCGGGCCUGCAAUGCCACCCUCACACAGUAUCAGCUGCUUGCCACCCACGUGCCAACCGUCUGGGCCAUCGACCAGUACCGUGUAUGCCAGGAGGUGUUAGAGAGAUCUCGAGAUGUAGUAGAUGAGGUCAGCGUGUCCCUGAGGCUGUGGGACACAUUCGGGGAUCAUCACAAAGACAGACGAUUUGCCUAUGGCAGGUCUGACGUAGUGGUGCUUUGCUUCUCUCUGGCUAAUCCCAAUUCCCUGCGCCACGUCCGCACCAUGUGGUUCCCGGAGAUCAAGCACUUCUGUCCCCGAACACCCAUCAUCCUGGUUGGCUGCCAGCUGGAUCUGCGCUAUGCUGACCUGGAUGCAGUUAACCGUGCACGACGACCACUAGCCAAACCCAUCAAACCUACAGAUAUUCUUCCUCCAGAGAGAGGCCAUGAGGUGGCAAAAGAACUCGGCAUCCCCUACUAUGAGACCAGCAUUGUUGCCCAGUUUGGAGUCAAAGAUGUUUUUGACAAUGCCAUCCGCGCUGCCCUAAUCUCCCGUCGACACCUGCAGUUCUGGAAAUCCCACCUGAAGAAAGUCCAGAGGCCCCUUCUCCAGGCACCCUUCCUGCCUCCUCGCCCACCACGCCCCAUAGUGGGCAUCCCGGACCCCCCUCUCACAGAUGGCGAGGGCCCCGACACCCUUUUCUGUCAGCCUCUGUGCGCAGAUGUUCUUUUCCUUCUGCAAGGUGGCACCACCCGUGUCUUUGCACACAAAGUCUAUCUGGCUACAUCCUGCUCCAAGUUCUAUGACCUCUUCACCCUCGAUCUUGGUGGAUCAAGUGCGGAAUCACAAGGGGAGGAACAAGAGAGCAAGGAAAACUUGGAGAGUGGGGAGGAGGAUGAGCAGACCAGGAGAGGAGCCAAGGAACAAGCUGGGCGCACCAAGAGCCUGGACAUUGAUAAAGACGGGGUGGAUGGAGGAGUGCGGGGCCUGAACCGACCCCAGCUGCUCCAGCAGGGCUCUUUGAGGACUUCCCAGAGUGAUAAUGCACUCCCCUCUCGAGCCCUGUACUCCCUGGGAGCACUGGGGACUGGUCGUGCACUUUCAGGAUGGGGGAGGGGGUUCCUGAGUGUGUGUCUGGAGCAUGUUGAUGACCCCGUGACUGGACGACCACGAUUCAUGACUGUGGUAGCCAUGGACGCCCUUAUACAGGAGGAACCAUUCAAGGCAGUGCUUCAGUACCUCUACACAGGCAGUCUGGAUGAGGGCCGAGGAGAUCUGAUGCAGGUGGCCACCAUCGCAGAGCUACUCGAGGUGUUUGACCUGCGCAUGAUGGUGGCCAAUGUUCUGAACAGAGAAAGCUUCAUGAACCAGGAGAUCACCAAGGCCUUCCAUGUUCGCAGAGCCAACCGCAUCAAGGAGUGUCUCAACAAAGGGACAUUUGCUGAUGUGGUGUUCCGACUGGACGAUGGCUGCCUCCCGGCCCACAAGCCCCUGCUCAUCUCCAGCUGCGACUGGAUGGCGGCUAUGUUCCGUGGUUCUUUCAUGGAAAGUUACAUUGAGGAGGUAUCCAUUCCUAACACCAGUGCAGCAUGCAUGCGUGGGGUCCUGGAGUUCCUGUACUGCGGUCUUCUUACACCCUGUCCUGGUUUGGAGCCCAUGGAGCUAAUUGUUCUGGCCAACCGUCUCUGUCUGCCACGCCUUGUUGCCCUCACUGAACUGCAUGCUGUGGAUGAGCUUCUCCAGUUGGCAGUGAAAGGAGUUGACGUUGAUGGGCAGGUGUUGGCUUACCUUGAGGUUGCACAGUUCCACAAUGCCAAGCAGUUAUCAGCUUGGUGCCUCCAUCACAUCUGCACCAAUUACAACAGCAUCUGCCGCAAGUUUCCCAAAGACAUGAAGGCCAUGUCUCCAGAAAACCAAAAGCACUUUGAGAAGCAGCGCUGGCCUCCUGUGUGGUUCCUGAAGGAGGAGGACCGCUACCUGCGCUCUCAGAAGGAGCGCGAACGUGAGGAGGAGAUCUUGCGCAAGCAACACACCAAGCGUGGCUGGUGUUUCUGGAGGCACCCGUCGUCCUCUCCCCACGUCUCCUAAAAGCUUCCCUCCUCUGACUUCUUCUUCAUCUGUACCUGGGUUGUCCUGCCCAAGAAAGCUAACUCCCCCUCGUAACGCAUUUAAAGGAGGUUGGCUCUGAAACUCUUCACCAGUGGAGACGUGACCCUCAGUGCUAAUAUGCCUGAAUGUCAGCAUGUUUGGGGGAAUGUAUGUGCCUCUUUAUAAGUGUGGAUGACCACAUGAGUGCAUUUUAGUAUGCUGUGUGACAGGUGUGGGCUCAAGUGAAGGGUAUGUGCAUGGGUAUGAGUAUAUGUGUGCAGUAUUGUGACCGAGUGAUGCUUCCAAGUUGAGUGCUUCCCAGACACCCUGAUCUACAAGGGCCCGUGGCGUUGCAGUGCAGCCCGUUGUUCCCUCCACCAGAGCUCUGUCCCUCCACCAGCACUCACAGUGUGUCAGCCUUUGAGUGAUUGGACUGGGAGCAAGGGCUUUCUAUCUCUCUCAGUCUCUCAUUCUCCAUCCUUCACAUUGACCUUAAUGACUAUUACACAUUGACCACUGCGGCUUCCCUUGGGGGAGCUUACCUCUGCCUUCACUUCUAUACAGACUGUUAGCUUGCACAAACCCAUUCCCAUGACCCACCCCUCUAAAACCAGCACUGGAUUCCCAGGAAUAGACACUGAAAAUGUAGUUAAUAUUAUGUCCAUAUUAUUUGACCUUUUAAUAUGUUUUUGCGCCUUCUGGGACACUAUUAUCAGGGGAAAUGGUGCACAAGGAAGCUGGUGAUUUUUACUGCAAAAAUAAGAUUGUUGUGGUUUAAGGGUAAAUGUAAAACAAUUAGCAAAUUUUGAUAGCUGUUUGCCUCCACUAUAUUCCUGAUGUGCUCUUCAGUGUCCAUCAUCCACCCCUGCAUCUCCCACUCCCUCGUUUUGCUCCCCACACUUGCAAAAAGCAAAACACAAGCUCCCCUGGAUGUGGUGGUUUCACCAAACUGCAUUUUUUGAGACCCUCAAAUGACCACUCUAUAGCAACGAUGGGGGUAAAGAGGGCUAGCCUUACUUGAUACCUCUGCCACGGAGGAACGAUGGAUAGUGUUAAACAAAUGUGCUUGUAACGUCCAUGACCACUAGGUUGCGUUGAAGCACCUCAGCCAGCCUGCCUUUUCUCCCCUACACCACUAGGGGCAGCACUGCUCAGGGCCCCGGCACUAGCAUUCACAAUAACGAGAGUUUUUAUGCCUACGUUUUCUUCACCCUAGUUUCACUUAUUAAGAUCAUCAGUAUACCGUCAAUCCUUGCAAAGCUAAAGCACAUGCACAGUGUUAUUAGUGCAUUUAAAAACUAUACCUUAUAGAUUUUUCUUUUCUUUUUUUUACCUGAUUCUGAAUACCAAAGCUGUGAUUCUUCUUCCUCACUUUCUUUAUUUCUGCUUCCUUGCUUUUUUAUUGGCAAGAGGGGAUAAAGGACAGCAGAGAAAGUGACUUGUAGGAGAAGGAGGCAGUGUACAAUAGUAUUUGAGUCUCUCUUUGGGGUGGUGUUUUGAAUCUGUAGUGUUACAAAAAAACAAAGCAAACGUGUCACUGCUGGACAUUGCCUUCCAUUCCUGUUGCUGGAAUUGAAAAUGGUGCUUAAGACACAAUAAGACAGUGUCCACAUGAACACACAGACACAUGCGAUUUUAUGUUUAGAGUUCAAGCAUCUCUGUAGUUGUUUAGUGUUUACCUGCAAAGAACCUGCAGGGGUUUAAUGAUCAUAUUCAGACUGAUAUAGGAGCAUUUUUAUUAAACCGUGUUUUUUCUUCUACAUUUAUUAACAGUCCGUAAGAGGUCAUAAUAGGUCACUAAUUUUAGAAUGUGUAGUUUUCUGAUUUUACACACAGCAGUUACAACCCUGUGACGUCUUUGCUGCUUUUAUAAAACAAUGUGAUCUGUUUUUGCUUCCUCGUUAACCAGGAAAUUAAUAUUACUUUAGAGUGCAUUUGAAAUAAGCGUUUGUGCUAAUUCAAAGUGCAAAUGAGAGCAAAUCUGAUUUUCUUGUUAAGGGUGCUAAUUUCUUUGGGCUUUCGUUAACUGAGUGUGAAAAAAAGAUGUUGUGGUGAUGAGUUUCUAUUAGCACGUUGUUCUGUUUGUGGGUUUGCGCCCCUCAGCUUUACCCAGGCACCUCUAGGAGAUAGAUUAUGUGAGACAUGUGGUGUGUUCUGCUGUUUUCUAUGGAAGGCGUGUAAAGUCAUUGUCAGCUACCGAAAUAGAAGUCAGAAAGGAUCUCACGAGAUUGAAGUGAGAAUUGAGCUGAUUUGUCUCUAAAUAAAGAGUAAAAAUAGAGUUAAAGUGAACAAGCCUCAGUCAGCGUUACAUGCAUCCUACAUAUUUCGGAAUGAUUCCAUAGAUAUUUAAAUUUACCCUAGUGAAGUGCUUUGGGUAUUUAGAGACCUAAAGAGGAGAAAAGUCCUCAGUUUUUGAUGGACUUCCAUCUCCCUGUUAAAUCAAUUUGUCUUAAUGGUAUUAAUGGUUAGUGUGAUCCAUUAAGCCUCUUCUCUUGGUCCAUGUGCCUUAUAGUUGGACAAAACUACAAACUAAUGUUAGAUUUUAGCAAAAUCGUAGUUCACACCUGCAGACAGGUUCUGCAGUUACUGAUGUGAUGGAUACAUUAGAUAAUGGCCAUGAUCAUGUCAUUACUGUAAAGUGGAUCAUGGUGUUGCAUUAUGCACUCUCAGCCAACAUCCUGCUUGAGGGAAUUUUCAAGCCAACCUUUUACACAGUGUAGUACAGUAGGUUGGUCUAAUGAUAUGGCCUUAGAUUAGGAUGUUUUCUCUAGACUGGGAUUCACAUCAUGGCUGGGAUUCUCCACCUACCAGGUGAUUGAGAGGUAGCGUUUAAAAAUGGCAGGUUGAUUCCUGCAGUGAUACUUCAAAACCACUGACUUUGAGAAAGCAAAGCUUUUGAAUAAGCACUGGCUGGCCUGUGUGCUGGGAGGGUGCAACCACUUUUAAAAUGUGGUUUAUUUGCAUGGUGGCCUAACUUUGCCAUUAUAAUGACUUUUGUGUUGGAAUGCACUUUCUUCUUUUUUGUCUAUGACUGUACCUUUCUGUACUUAGCAUGAAUUGAUCCUUAUGUAAGAUUGUUUCAUAACCUGAUGAUUGUAGCACGACAUUUCCACUUAAGUCUCUCAAAUUUCCCACAACUUACUCAGUGCUUUUUUUGUUGGCACUGAACUCCACAGUAGCUCUCUUCUCGCUUUGUGACUUUAUGCACAAGUCUGUUGCUCUAAAUUAGCUCAGUACAGCUUAACGUAGCAUCACUAAAUACACAACUUCAAAUGAUGUGCUGGGACAUCCACAGAUAUUUGCCUGAAAAAACUGAUGCAAAGGGUCUGCUGCUGCUGUGCAGUGUUUACCUGUUACUGUAGUAAAUACAAUUAUUUCUUUUUUAAAGAUAUUGGGUUCAGGGUAUGAAAGCUAAAUUUCCACUGAAAUUAAGGAUUGUAAUACACAUUUUAAGAAUGCUCUAAAUGGUUGAUAGCCAAGUGCAAUGUUUGGAUUUAGCUUGCAUGUAAUGACAAAGGAAUUGCAUAAAGCAUGAUGCAUGUUCCUGAGGUUAGACAUAAGUUACUGUAUAUACAACAGAGUUUCUUAACCUUCAGUGUUGGGAUCCUAUUUGGAGUCACUUGGUAUAUUGAUGGGGUUGUGGGAUUUUUUUUUUUUAAACUUCAGACAAAAACACAAAAUAAACAUUUAUUGGGGUGAAAAUUGUGGGAAAUAGAAACUGAAUGGGCAGAAAUGGUUGAGAAAUCCUCUUUCACAGACAGGGAGAAACAGAUUCUAAAUUUUAAGCCUUGUUGGUUUUAUUUAGCCCUUGAUAUUUGCUCCACAAUGACCCCUACAGGCCAAAGUCAUCACAUUUGGAGUUGUGGACUUGAUUCACUAUGGUUGUCUCAUUGUAUCUUACACAUUGUUUUUACUGGCACAUUUUUCCGUCCCAUGAUAUUAGAUGGAGCAGUUCUUCCCUCUUUACUGGCCUAGUCACCCCAGUUUAAUGUGGGGCCUAGUGACUGAGAGAACACCUCGUUUUAAGUAUUUGGUGUCUCCUCUCCUGUGCCUUCAGUGAAAUCUAACUCUUUUGACUCUGUAUGGGCUGAUGGCACUGCACCUGCGGCCCACUGGGCUCAAAUUCAAGUUAUUUAAGCCAAGAAAUACACACAUGUGAGCACAGAAGUAGAUGUAGGUAGCUUUCUAUAAUGCACACUAUCUUAAUACUGAUGUAGAUUUUCUUAUGCUUCUUUAGGCAUUAAGCAGUUACUGCCUAUUGGGGUCAUACUGGCAACUUCCAGUGAUAAUAUAACACGUGGAGCUUCAGAAAUUCAGUGUGGAAAAUCAUCUAUGCUAACGCCGAUGACUUAAUAUAUGAAAUGACCAAGAAACCCAGCAAACCAGCAAUUUAUGAGUAAUGUUUCUGCACUCUUUUAGGUGCCUGCACUUUCUAUUAUGUAGCCUAUUACUACGCUUUGAUGCUAUCUUUAUAUUGACCAGUUUUCUGGAUCAAAAUUGAAAUAUCAUUUACUUUUCCACUUUCUCCACUGAGUCCUUCUCUCUAAGCCAAACUCUGACUGUGCUCAAUGGCUUCCAUUAUUUACUAUGUUGCAAUCAUACAUGCAGUCUGUGUCCUUUUAAAUAGGGAAGGCAUCGUUGAACUACUGGAUGGAUUGCAGGCAGAUAUUAGCUGUGACAUAUUAUGCUUUAAUGAAGAUAGUUAUUAUCCAAAGUACAGUACAGUGUUGUAAAUUGAAACAAAAUCCAGUUGGAAAUAACCUCUCACCUUCUUAUUGCUCACCUCACUGUGUGUAUUUACUAAGUUGGUGUAUACAUAGGAUUGUGUGCACAGAGGGGUGUUUAUAGAGACAGACAUGAUGUGAUUAACCCCUGGUCUAUACUGUAACUUUUAAGUGGAUCGUAUAUACUGUAUAGUAUUGUUAUGCACUUUUGUUUCCAUUGACUCAUGAAUUUUAUUAACAUUUACUGCUCAUGUUAUUGAGUUUAUUACAAUAAAAAGGCAAAGGAAAGAGCGCACCACACUCACAAACUAUUAAGGGCUUUCAAAAAAAAUGAUAUACAACAAUCAGAAUGUUUUGCUGCUGUUGCAAAAAAUGUUUUGAAAAUAAAAAUUUUGUAAUAUUUUUGAACCACUGUGAUUUGUAAAAAAAAUUCGAAAAGAAAUGUAGAAAAAAGUUUUUUUUCCUUUUUGCCAUUUCAGUAUUUUGAUGUUUGACAUGAAUUUUAUUAAAACUGUUAAUCUUU